ACAGCGGCCAUUUGUUUACGGCACGUGUUGGUGGCAAAAACUGUUUUCAAAAAAUAUCGCAAAAAUGGACAGCGAGGCAGAUGACUAUGAGGCCACUGGCUCUGAGCAGGAGUACGAUGAGGAUGAGCGUGAAAUAUUGAAUGAUCUGCGUAAAGAGCGAAAGAAGAAGGCAGACCAGCUCAAAAAUCAAAAACUGGAUGUUCUGUCGUUCAGUGAUAGCGACGAUCAUGAAGAGGAUGAGGAUGUUGUGGGUAACUUAAUGCGUGACAGCGACAUUGAAGGGGCCGAGGAUGACGAUGGCGAUCUGCCGGAUACCAUGGACUGGGGCACCAAUAAAAAAGCCUACUACAAUACAGAUUUCGUGGAUCCCGAUUAUAGCAGUUACACGGCCCAAGAGGAGGACAUGGCCAAGGCCGAGGAGGAGGAGGCCAAAAAGAUACAGCUGCGUCUGGCCAAGCAAUUAACGGAGGCCGAUUUCAAGCUAGAUGACGUGGCGGUGCCGGUCGACGAUAAGGAUAAAGACGUGACCGUAAAGAGCAUCACAGUCACGAGAGAUCUGAAAGGCCUAACGGAACGCGAGCGUCUGCAACUGCUGCAAAAGGACUCGCCUGAAUUUGUUGGCCUCACACAAGACUUUCAGCAACAUCUGAGCGAAGUGCAACAGCUGACGGCGCCAGUUCUGAACUAUGUGCGCAAUCAUCAGGUGCCCAUGGUGCCGGCCCUGCAGUUCGCUCUGCUGUAUCAGAAUGUUCUGCUCACGCAUUGCUCAAACGUCUCGUUCUACCUCCUGCUGAAGGCCAAACGCAGCAGCAUCAAAUACCAUCCGGUGGUCAAGCGGCUGGUGCAGCUCAAGCAGCUACGCGAACAGCUAGCGCCACGCUACGAAGAGUACAUACGACCACAGCUAGAGGCGCUGCUGGAGCGCAUACAGGACGGCGAUGCGUUCACCGUGCUGGAUCCAACACAGCGCAAGGCCAAACUGCAAACAGUCAGCAAAUACAAUGGCACAGGGACAACAAAUGCCAGAAUUGACAAGGAGCCGCAUGAUGAGGACAAUACUGAUGGUGAAAGUGAUAAUGAGGAUGCUGAUGCUAUUGCCGUUGGUGAUGAUGAUGAAGAUAUGGAUGAGGAGGAGCGGAUGCUGGAGAAGGCGCUUCAGGAAGAGAACGAGCGGCGUGGCAUUACCUAUCAAAUGGCCAAGAACAAGGGCCUGACGCCGGCUCGCAAAAAGGAGCUGCGAAAUCCUCGCGUCAAGCAUCGCGGCAAAUACCGCAAGGCGCUCAUCCGCCGCAAGGGAGCAGUGCGCAGCGUACGCAAGGAAACCAAAAGAUACGGCGGCGAAAUAUCGGGCAUCAAGGCCACCGUCACCAAGAGUAUCAAAUUCAAAACGUAAUCCACAGUUCAUCCUUAGGCUAUGUAAGACAAAAAUAUAUUCAAAUCUUGUUCCACCAUUCGAAUGC